GUUUGCGUUCAAAGUGCAGGUCAGCGCCCCACCGGCCAGAUUGCUGAACUCCGCAGAGGCUUGAAGAGCAGCGAGCUCCUCCUCCAACUGAACAUUCACCAAUGAUCCAGAUGGAACGAGCAAGCUUGCUGGCCUUCGUGUGCACUGCCGCCUCGUUGGCUAGUGCGCUGGACCCCAGAGGACCGCGGCCCGUGGAGCCAGCCACCCGCUCCGAAAAAUGCGGCCCCCAGAGGGAGUGGCCGUUCUGCACUGACGACGACUGGGGUCCCAAGUGCCCAUCGGGUUGCAGAAUACAAGGUCUGAUGGACUACCGGGACCACAGCCUGCUGAAGAAGAUCGAGAAGAUCACCAGCCUGCUGGAGAGCAACAAGCUCAGGCACAGGUCAGCCGAUGAAGUGACCAAGCAGACGUAUGAAUACCUGAAGGACAAACUCACCCUUGACACCGGUCACGACGACCGCUACUACAACUUGGCACAGAACCUUCGUCAGCGGAUCAGCGAAAUGAAGGUGAAGAUUGACAGACAGCUUAGGGUCCUGGGAGCUCUUAGGGAUCGGGUUGCUGACCAGGCGGCCGCCAUGCAGAAGUUAGAGGUGGACAUCGACAUCAAGCUGCGAUCAUGCAAAGGUUCCUGCAAGACCUACUCCGUGUAUCAGGUGGACCGUGACAGCUAUGUGACGCUGGACAAACAGGUCAGUCACCUCCAGUCGCAGGGGGUUCAGCGCAUUGACUCCGUGAAAACACUGGAAGUGAUGAAGAGCACGGUGCUGCAGGGUGUGAUUUUGGACAAUGUGUACAAGUCCGUGGACCAGAGGCCGCAGGACAAACAAGACAUCUUCAACGAGGUGAAAACGCUCCAGUUGACCCUCGAGCAAGAAGGUUCCAGCUCCUACCCGGCAACCAUUUCCAAAGUUCCACAUACUUCCAGUGCUUCAUCCCCACCCCCUGGCUCCUCCACGCCAUCAAAGUCCAUCACUGAGCUCACAGGAAGCAACGGUGGUGACUUGUUUGCCGGCGGUGGCUUGGAUAAGGUCGACCUUCCGACUUUUGACACGAGCAGCUGCGUGAAGACGAUCAAGAGGACCAUGGUGAUGACAAAGGGUGGACCGGUCGAAAAGAUAGAGGAGACGUCAGAGGACAAUCCUGCCUGUCAGGGGGGGUCCGACACCAAGGGAGGCUUGAACUCCUUCGGACAUGCCUCCUCCACCAUCAAGAUCGUUAACACGGGCGGGGUUAAAGGAAGCCACUUGGACACCAAAACGGGCUUCACAGAUCUGUUCCCUGAGGUGGGCUUUGACCUGGGGAAGUUUUUUAGUGGCCACACAGACGACGACGUUCCUGACGUGCACGCUCGCGGCGUGAAGACCACACAUGUUGAGCGGCAAAGUGAUUACACGGGAAAAGAUUGUAUCGACAUCUUCCACAAGCACACCGAGGGGGAGACCAGUGGCAUGUUUAAAAUCAAACCCGCUCCUGCAGCUGCCACUGUGGCAGUCUACUGCCAGCAGGAGGGGUUGAUGGGUGGCUGGUUGUUAGUCCAGCAGCGAGAGAACGGUGUGCUCGACUUCAACCGAACUUGGGAGGAGUACCGCCGUGGAUUUGGUGGUGUGGACGCACAGGGGAGGGGGGAGGUGUGGCUCGGCAACCAGAACCUCCACUUGUUGACCAGUCAGGGCGAGAGCCUGCUGAAGGUGGAGCUGCAGGAUGGGGACGGGGGAGUUGCCAGUGCAGAAUACGUCAUGAGCGUGGGUCUCGAAGAGGACGGCUACCCCCUACGCCUUUCUGGCUACAGUGGUGAUGCCGGUGACGCCAUGACAGCGACUCAUCAUGGGAUGAAGUUCAGCACAUGGGACAGAGACAACGACGGCGCGGCGGGAAACUGUGCGGCAACACGUGGCGGCGGUUGGUGGUACAACCAGUGCCAGUCAGCCAACCUCAAUGGGAUUUACCACGGUGGGGUCGUUUGGUCCAAUCGCAGCCUGAAGCGAGCACGCAUGUUUGUGCGACCUGCUACCUUUUGACAUCCUCAUCUUUUGUUUCCACAAGUUUCUGCACUGAAGUCAAUAAAGUCAUGUUCACCUCA